AUGAAUAAACAGUUUUUAAAGCUUUCUAUCUGUAAUAAUUUAGAUUUUUUAAUCGGGGAGGUAGUUACAAAAAAUGGCAAUAUCGAACUACACAGUGAUGACCCAAACAAUCCAAGUAAACAAAUACCAAGAACAAGACGCGUAUCGCCGUUCGCGCUGCAAAAAAAGCGCAUCCCAUUAUCGACUACAACAAAAGGACUUGCAGCAAGUACACAUCUCGAUUCAGCGUCUCGACUCGAACCGAACCGAUGCUAUUGGCGCGCCCCACUGUCGCCGCGCGCGAGCGAGACGCAACGACAUCCACCAUACGGAGGGACAGGGAGGGAGACGGUCAUCUUAGUUGUUGAGUGGCGUCCCACUGGGCGGGGUUUCACCAAGGAGUUAGACUCAGAUGCGCACAGUUUGGAGGGGCCCGUGCCGAAGGAUUGCACUGCAGUCGACGGUCGCGGUCGGACCUCGCGCACGUGUUCACGUUCGAAGGAUCACCUUACGUAA